CUGAAUAUUGGAGUAGAUUAUUUUUCCAGUAUAACCGAAUUAUGCUUGGUCCUUCGAAAGGUGAAAAAACCUCGGUCCCCUUUCGUUUCAAACUCGAAAGCAGAAAAUAGAAAUCCCGCAGGGAACAUAGUCCACAGCGGGAAUUUAAGAAAUUAAAUCAGCAACAGAUCUCCCGCUCUUCCUUCCUCUCUCUUUCGGUGUCGGUAAAAGAAAAUGGGGAGCUCAUCGAAGGACGACGCUGGCAGCGAUGGCGAGACCUCAAGUGGAGACGCUCCUCCUUCCAAUUCUGGAGUCUUCUCCGAGGGCGAGCGCGUCUUGGCCUAUCACGGUCCUCGCAUCUAUGAGGCUAAGGUUCAAAAAGCUGAGCUUCGAAAGAAGGAAUGGAGAUAUUUUGUUCAUUACCUUGGUUGGAAUAAAAAUUGGGAUGAAUGGAUAGGCCCAGAUCGAUUAUUGAAGCAUACUGAAGAGAAUGUGAUGAAACAGCAGGCUCUCGAGAAUAAACAGGGUGUUGAUAAGACAUCAAAGCUUGGACGCUCAGCACAGACUAAGCCAAAAAGCUCUACUGAUGCAAAAGCAGAUAAAGAAGACCAGAAAAACAAUGUGGGAAAAGGGAAGAAGCGGAAGAGUGACUCCGGGAUUGAGAAGGAUAAUUUAUCUGCUGAAAAGCUUGUCAAGAUCCAAAUUCCAUCAACACUAAAGAAGCAACUUGUUGAUGAUUGGGAAUUUGUCACCCAACAGGAUAAGCUUGUUAAACUUCCACGAUCACCGAAUGUGGAUGAAAUAUUGACAAAGUACCUGGAAUACAGGUCUAAAAAGGAUGGCAUGAUGACUGAUUCGAUAGGAGAAAUUUUGAAAGGGAUACGUUGUUACUUUGACAAGGCAUUACCAGUAAUGCUUCUAUACAAGAAAGAGCGGCAACAAUAUUACAGUUCUGUUGAAAAUGACACGUCUCCAUCAACUAUAUACGGUGCUGAACAUUUGCUGCGUCUCUUUGUCAAGUUACCUGAGCUAUUGGCAUAUGUUAACAUUGAAGAGGAGACAUUAACGCGCAUGCAGCAGAAAUUGCUCGACUUUCUCAAAUUUCUGCAGAAAAAUCAAAGUACUUUCUUCCUUUCAGCAUAUGAUGGAUCUAAAGGUUCUGAAGGCAAAGGCAAAGGAAAAGAUGAGUGAGCAGUUGCCCAAGUGCUCUACCUUAUCUGUUAUUCCUCCUAUCAUCAGUAGGUGAAAAAUGCUGUGGCAGAUCAUUUGCCUUGUCAUCUGCUGAUUUAACUCAACAGGGAGGUAAAACAUCUAAUUGUUGUUGUAACAAUAGCAUUGGUUAUUCUUUUCAACUUCAGGGAAGGGAUUUUUAGCAAUUUUAAUGAGGGUAUGUGCAGUUAUGAGGGAUCUUAUUCUUAUUUAAAAUAACUUGUAAGGCUUAACUUCAUUUAGCUGAUUGAAAUGUGCACGAAACGAUAUACUUAACACUGAUGUAAAAUGCGCUACAUAAUUCGAAAAAAUGUAUUCUACGCAUCUGCAAAGUUGAAGAA